UAGACUGGAAUAAUUAAUCUAGCAAAAUAGACGUGAAAUAAAUGAUGCCUAACAGUUUGUUUUAAUUAACGGAAUUAAGAUGAUGUGGUUACGAUUUGUGCUGGUGUCGCUGUUUGCCAUAUCUAAUGCAUUAUUUAUAGAAGAACCAUGUACAACUCCUAAAGGCCAACCUGGAAUGUGUGUUUAUGUCCAACAAUGUCCCUCAAUUUUAGCAAUAACCACAGAUUUUGACACACCCAUGACAAUGGAUACGAUGGAUUUUCUUAUUGAGUCCCAAUGUGGAAAUACGGAUUACAUAGUAAAGUACUGCUGUUCUAAUAUAGAACUGGAAUAUCAGAUUUAGAAAGCCUAAAUCCUAAUUCGAUGAUAUAGACCAGUGGGUAACAGAUUGAUCCGAAGCCUUUUAUCCCUUCAUUGAAGAAACCAAUAAAUCAAACACAUUAUAAGUAACACAUAUUUUAACCGAUUUGGCAGCCAAUAGGAAAGAUAAAUUUUUUUGUCCAGUUUGUCUUUAAGUUUGUAAAAUGAUUUAAGCCUAUAAAUUUUCUUCGCAAAUGAUGACCAAAGGAAAUCAAAUGUGUCAAGGUUUUUUAUAUAACAAAAAUUUUUAACUGUCGGUCUGUUAUGUUCUUUUAGAUAGUCUAUUUAUAUUAAAUUUAUAAUUUUUUAUU